AUGAGUAAUACUCCGUCGUGUUCAAGCACGGCUACGCCCUCGUCGCAUGCCAGAUCCGAUCAACAGCAAUCCCCCUUCUUCCGUUUACCUCGCGAGUUGCGCGACGACAUCUACGAGGCUUACGCGCACCACAGCGAAGGCGUAUUUUACAGUUACCCUUCUGGCAAGCUGCGCUGCAAGCAGGCAGCUGAGGAGAUACAGGACGCUGCAUUGCGAGCUAAUACCGUAACCUUCUUCCCCGCGCGUUCCGCACAGGACGGCACCAACGUAAACGACCUCGAUUCCAAGGCCGGACGGUUCGAGCGACUAGUACAAUGCGCGAGGCGCACGAAAAUGCACAUGCUGCAUUUCGUGGCCGAGGGCGGAUGCGUCACCCCGGAAAUGGUUGAUCAGGUGGCCACCCGUUUUCCCGGUAUUGCCCGCUGCUAUCGAAAAGCAUACAAUGCCAUAAAGUCAGGAGACGAGCUAUACAAGGGCACUGGAGUCCACUCAUUCGACUAUCAAUGGCGGUGGCAAACGUCAGCAACCUUCUGCGACGCCUUGCAUUACACGUUAGAGCUCGCAUCCUCGCAUCCCAGAUUUGAUGACUUGAUAGCCGAGUCCAUGGUGAGCCCGCUCAGCCGUCGCGGCAUGAUGCCUCCGUUUGUGCCUGGAUGCCAGAACGCCCUUCUCGCGUGGAAGCCGGACCUGGCGCUGAUACCAACCGAGACUGAUCUUGCUCUGGAAUCCUUUUUGGCCGACCCCGUCUCCCCAGAUGCUGACAGUAGGGUGCAUUGGACUGAGCCUGUAGUACCUUUAGCUUGGUACUUCUCAGCCACGGCUGUUGCGGUCGAUUUUCUCAAGAGGUUGCCACAUAGUACACGAAUGUGCCUACGACUUCCUCUCAUCAUCCGAGAAAACAAACUGGCCGUAGCUUACCCCGAGUCACACGCAAGAUCCCUUGAGCCUUACCUCUGCGAGAAUAAAAACCUCCGGAUCGACUUGCACGUGGGGUGUUGGACAAACCUUACCCAUCCAUUCUGGCUACGUCUGCCUCAUUCCAAGAUCGUGAAUGAAGGUCUAAUAAUGAAGCUAGAAAUGAUACGCCCGUUUGCAGACUUCUUGGACGAGGUCCUUCCGAUCUUUGAUAGCAUCCCGCGCCCCCAGGCUCUCAGCAUCUAUAUCGAAGGCCAUCAGGACGAAAGCCUUGCCGCAUGGGAGUCGUUCAAGCAUGCAGCUAGCCUUCAGGAGGCCAUGCUCAAGUCUGACUAUAUGCAAAGACACGAAGAUGUUCAGCUCACUGAGCUGUACGAUCCACUGUAUUGGGGCGUAUCUUUGAGCAAAGCGGCACUGGAAAAUAGAUUCCAAAUGCCAUGCCACCUACCGGACUCGUUCUACGCGAUAGUUCGACAGAUCACCGAAGGUUCUGGCUCCAUCCACUUCGUUGGAGACGCUGGUGCCCCUUGGGAUGCUAAGAGCAUGAUAGAAGCCCGGAAGCACUGGACACCACAGCAAUUCCUCGACGAGUGGGACGCCGAAAUCUUCAGCGGAUUCGUGUCACGACCGCCAGGAGGCGUAGCAGCGUUCAAGGAGAUGUAUAAGCUGUAA